AUGAGUGCCCUCAAUGGGGGAGGGAUUCUUGGCUUGACCACAGUAUCCAUCACUCUGGACUUCAGCCUGCACAGCAGCUUGAUGGCUUGGCCACUGAGUCACAAUUUGACUUGGAAUCACAGUUUGCCAACAACCGAUCCUCUGAAUUCCUCCAUGGGGGCAGACAUCUCUCGAAAGUCCAUCAAGGAGAAGAACUGGCCAGCCCUCCUGAUUCUGGUCAUCAUUGUCUUGACUAUCGGUGGGAACAUUUUGGUUAUCAUGGCGGUCUCCUUGGAGAAGAAGCUCCAAAACGCCACCAACUACUUCCUGAUGUCCUUGGCUGUGGCGGACAUGUUGGUGGGCAUUCUGGUGAUGCCAGUAUCUCUGAUCACUAUUCUCUAUGAUUAUGCCUGGCCCUUGCCUAAACAACUGUGUCCCAUCUGGAUUUCCCUAGAUGUGCUCUUCUCUACGGCCUCCAUCAUGCACCUUUGUGCCAUCUCCCUCGACCGCUAUGUCGCCAUCCGCAACCCUAUUGAGCACAGCCGGUUCAAUUCCCGCACCAAGGCCAUCAUGAAGAUCGCGGCCGUCUGGACCAUUUCGAUGGGUAUUUCACUGCCCAUCCCAGUCAUCGGCUUGCAAGAUGAUUCUCGGCUUUUUGUGAAUGGAAGCUGUGUCCUGAACGAUGAAAACUUUGUCCUCAUCGGCUCCUUUGUGGCUUUCUUCAUCCCCCUGAUGAUCAUGGUGGUUGCCUACUGCCUGACCAUCCAGGUCCUGCAGAAGCAGGCGUCUCUCUUCCUCUACGGGGAGCCCCUCAAGCCGAGGAGGAGCAGCAUGAGCUGCCUGAAGAAGGACCCCAACGUGGAGAACCUUUCCAUGCUGCAGAACCACGAGGCAGCUUCCCACUUAAACUCUCCAGUCAACAAAGAAGGAGUUCUCUUCCGGAAAGGCACCAUGCAGUCCAUCAACAACGAACGCAGGGCCUCCAAGGUCUUGGGGAUUGUCUUCUUUUUGUUCCUGAUCAUGUGGUGCCCAUUUUUUAUCACCAACAUCAUGUCCGUUCUCUGCAAGGACGCCUGCGACAAGGCUGUCCUCCGUGAGCUUCUGGAUGUGUUUGUUUGGGUGGGCUACAUCUGCUCAGGGGUCAACCCCCUCGUCUACACACUCUUCAACAAGAUCUACCGCAGGGCUUUCUCUAACUAUAUCCGGUGCCGCUACGAGAGCGGCAAAAGGGCCUCCCAGCUGCACAACCAGUGCCCCAACGUCUCCUCCACAGCCUUCUACGGGAAGGAUCUCAACUUGAACAGUUACCGCCACGAACUCAACAGCACGGAGCUGGAGGAGGAGGAAGAGGAGGAGGAGGCUUUGGCCAUGCAUGUAGGGACCCCAGAGAUCUCAGUAAACAGCUGCAGUGGGGAAAAAACAAGCAGUGUGUAA